AUGUUGCAAGACACCGCCUCCGCCCUGGCCAGAUGUGUGUACGCCCUGCCCAGGGACCUCGAUCCACUCGACCGACUGCCAUCGAACCGAGGGCGCUCAUCAGCCGUACACCACCUGGUCAGAUCGUUCGGUCUGCUUUGCGAGGAACGAAACGUCGACCAGCACGGCCAGCCUCCCGAGAAUCGAGCCAGAGUACUUGCGACUGGGCUUGCCUCCCGUGCAGAGCUCGAGGAUUUCCAUGAUCCAGAAUACGUUGGUUCUCUUUUGCAAGGCUACGAUUCAUACGGCGACGAAAAUGACGGGCACACAGACACCAGUGCAGAUUCUAAGUUCCAUCUUGACUCCUCCGACCAGCAACCGACGGCGGCGGAACACUUCCGAGGUGAAAAUCGCGAAGAGUUUGGUCUAGCUCAUGACUGUCCGCGUUUUCCCAAAAUGGCAGAAUAUGCCUUGGCUGUGGCCGGCGCGGCGCUCAAGGCUUCUCGCGAACUGCGCGAAGAUCGGGCGGAUAUCGGGAUAGUCUGGGAUGGAGGCAGACAUCACGCCCAACGGGCAGCGGCUGCCGGCUUUUGCUAUGUUAACGAUGCCGCCCUGGCGAUAUCUGAGCUCCGUCGACAGCCCGCAAACAGAGCGCUUAAGAAACUUGACCGAGUCUUAUACCUGGACAUGCUAGACAUUCAUCAUGGGGAUGGCGUUGAACUAGCUUUUUGGACUACCUCCCGGGUAUUGACAGUUUCCGUCCACUUUCAUGAUCCCAAGGGGGGCUUCUACCCUCUCAGCGGUGCCGUCGAAUCCUCCGGCCCGGUGCCCCCCUCACCCGCCGCCUCACACGCCCUCAACAUACCGAUCAGCACACCGGGUGCACUGAGCUACGUGUGUCGACGGACAAUUAUGCCCUUGAUCUCUGCCUACAAACCAUCAGCAUUGGUGAUUCAAUGUGGCGUCGAUGGCCUGGCAGGUGAUCCGCUCGGCGGUCGCUUUUGGGGAUUCGGCCUCAAGGAGAUGGGCACUUGUUUGGAAACAGUCCUCCAGGACUCCAUCUCUCAUCGUCGCAAAGUCCUCCUCUUAGGGGGAGGGGGAUAUCACACUCCCAACGCGGCCCGAGCUUGGGCAUACUUCACCUCAAUUGCCUUGGGUAGGAAGUUCGACCUAGAGGAGACCGAGAUUCCGUUAGAAGUCGAAGGUAAUGUGGACUAUGGGCCCACUUUCACUCUAGACGUGCCUGGCUUAGAAGGGUCUCCGACCGAGCAGAGCGGGAGUGAUGGUCUGGAUGCUGGUCAUAAGAUCUUCCAGAAAGACCCCCAGUUACAAACGGUCAUCUCCGAACUCGAUCGCCAUUUGUCCGUGCUUCAAAGAAAAUAUUCUGGUGGCUAA